AGAAAGGGUUUUGUGGGUUUUUUGGGGGAUUCUAAGAUUACCCAUUGGAGGAAUUGGACAUUUUAUUGAAUUCGACAAGGAUCAUCAUUUUGAGUGGAGGAUUUGUGUUUUUUCUCUCUCUAAAAUGGGGAAAGCUACCAGAUGGUUGAAGGGUCUACUUGGGAUCAAGAAAGAGAAGGACCCAUCUGGGAAUUUGAAUUCAAAUUCAACGGCGGUUGUUGGUGACAAAAAGGAGAAGAAACGGUGGAGUUUUGCGAAGUCCGGUAGAGAUUCCGGCCAAAUACAGCCUCCGGUGGAGGCGACUUGGUUUAGAUCCUACAUUUCUGAUUCAGAGAAAGAGCAGAAUAGGCACGCAAUUGCGGUGGCUGCUGCUACCGCCGCUGCUGCUGACGCUGCUGUUGCAGCGGCUCAGGCGGCGGUGGCAGUCGUCCGGCUGACAAGCCAAGGCAGAGGGUCUGUGUCUGUCACCGGAAGAGAUAGAUGGGCGGCGGUGAAGAUUCAAACAGUGUUUAGAGGCUAUUUGGCUAGAAAGGCGCUUCGAGCUCUCAAAGGGCUCGUUAAAUUGCAGGCCGUGGUUAGAGGAUUUCUCGUAAGAAAACGAGCCGCUGCAACUCUUCACAGUAUGCAAGUUCUUUUUAGAGCUCAAACUGCAAUUAGGACACAAAGAGCUCGUCGAUCUUUCAACAAAGAGAAUCGCUUUAUCCCCGAGAUUCGACCCCGAAAAUCUGCGGAACGGUUCGAUGAAACAAGGAGUGAAUUCCAUAGCAAGAGAUUAUCAGAAACACCCUCCAUGAAUUCAAUGGAUGAGAGCCCAAAAAUCGUGGAAAUCGACACCUACCGAACUCGAUCAUCGAGGUCACGUAGAUACAUUUCCGCAUUCUCCGAAUGCGGAGGAGACGAUGUAGCUAUCUCAUCUUCGCCAUUGCCAUGUUUGAAUCGACCUCGAAUCAUCGAUUGCCACAACAACAUGGUUCAAGACUUCGAAUGGUGCUUGAUGGGCGAAGACUGCAAGUUCCCUACAGCGCACAGCACGCCGCGACUAUCGAACAAUUCAUUCGCCUCGACCAACAUGCCGGUUACGCCAUCGAAGAGCGUGUGCGGAGACAGCUUCUUUAGGCCAUACAUGAACUACUACCCGAAUUACAUGGCGAACACGCAAUCGUUCAAGGCGAAAUUGAGGUCACAAAGUGCACCAAAGCAAAGGCCAGAGCCUGGGUCAAAGAAGAAGCUGUCAUUGAAUGAAGUAAUGGCAGCAAGGAACAGCUUAAGCAGUGUAAGAAUGCAGAGACCAAGCAACCAAAUGGUGCAAAUGGUUGAAGAAGAAGAAGAAGAAGAACAAAUUAUGGGGUUUGAGUGAUAUGUAAAUUCCUUUUGAAUCAAAGCUUUGAAGUUCUUAAGAUCUUUGAAUGUGUGAUGAUUUUAUAACUCAAAAGCCCAAAAAAAGUGAAAAAAGGGACACUUUUUUUUGAAGAUUGUCCACUUUUAAGCAUUAAAGAGACAGAAUUAUGG